UUAUUCUUUGCCAUUUUUUUUUAAACCUGUAUUUAUUUACUAUUGGAACGGUUUCGUAAUCCAUUUCCUGGUCUAGAGGACAGAAGAACAAUGGCUGCGAGGAGUGUUCCUUCAGAGAUCAUAGAAAGAGAACGAAAAAAGUUACUUGAAAUCCUCCAACAAGAUCCUGAUUCUGUCUUAGAUACAUUAACCUCUCGGAGGCUGGUUUCUGAGGAAGAGUAUGAGACUCUGGAGAAAAUUACAGAUCCCCUGAAGAAAAGUCGAAAGCUGUUAAUUUUGGUACAGAAAAAGGGAGAGGUGAGCUGUCAGCAUUUUCUGAAGUGUUUACUUAGUACUUUUCCAGAGUCGGCUACCAUUUGGGGCUUACGGCAUGAAUUUUUAAAGCAUGAGAAUAUAGGACCUCCUCAGCCUAUAAGGGUAAGCAAGAAUUCAGAAGAUGUUUUUUCCUCUGGAGAGAAACAGCCUGAGAAUCCUGAGAUCACAGUGUCCUUCACAGAGAAAGAACACCUGGAUAUGGGAAUCUCUGAAUCCUUCGGGGACAAGAAAACUAGUCAUAAAGAAACUGCUUGGACCCCCAGGGAAAAUGAGAAGGAAUACAACACACCCAAAGUCAUAUUGCCACCUUCAUUUGAGAACACUGAAUAUGAAAUUCCAGCAACUAUUGCAUAUUUACAGGAUGGACAGAGAUACGAGGAGCCAGAUGAUUCUCUGUACUUAGGAAAAGAGGAAUAUCUAGAAUCUCUUGGAUACUCUGAAGAUGCAGAGCCUGCUGUGGAAGAAGAGAAUUAUAAUGACUCAGAACACAGUGUUUAUGAUGGUGAAGACGGUUCUGCAUUUUCAGAAACCACACACUUCUCUGAUGAAGAACAGAGCUACGAGGAUUCAGAAACUGGCAUGUCAUUGGAGGAGGAGAAAAGGAUUGAAGAAAGAAAAAAUAUGUUUAAAGAUGUCCUGUCAUGUUUGAACAUGGAUAGGAGCAGAAAGCUUCUGCCAGAUGUUGUCAAACAAUUCUCCUUAGAUCGAGGAUGUAUGUGGACCCCUGAGACUCCAGGAGACUUAGCCUGGAAUUUCCUGAUGAAAGUUCAAGCUCUGGAUGUGACAGCCAGAGAUACAAUCCUCAGACACAAGGUUCCGGGUGAGGAUGGCAAAGAGGAAUUGCUGACUGGAGUAGAGAAUUUGGAAAUCAGGGACAUACAAACCAUUCAUCCCUUUGAUGUUCUGUGUGCCUCUAUGCUCUGUUCAGACAGCUUGUUGCAGUGUGAAGUCAUGUCAAACAUGUAUCAGUGCCGGUUUGCUCUUCCCCUGCUCCUGCCAGAUGCAGAAAACAACAAAAGUAUCUUAAUGCUAGGGGCCAUGAAGGACAUUGUGAAACAGUGGUCAACACAGUCUUCAGGAGGGCCUACAGUGGACACAGAAACGUUUCCGAAGAUGCCUAUCAUCUCUUUUGUGCGCCUGGGAUACUGUAGCUUCUCCAAGUCCAGAAUCCUUAACAGACUGCUUGGUCCUGCCCAACCAGGACAAUCACACAAAAUCUUUCUCCAUCAGGAUUUUACUGUCCCAGUGCUUCCCCGGCAAAUCUCUGAUGGCCUGGUUGAGAUAAUGUGGCAUUUUCCUGAGAGCGAUAGUCUAAAGGAAAACCCUAGUUUUUUCCAAAAGCCUGUUGCUCUGGCCAACCUCCGUGGAGACUUAGAAAGUUUUUGGACACAGUUUGGUUUUUUGGUGGAAGUUUCCUCAGCUGUAUUUUUUUUCACUGACUACAUAGGUGAGAAGGAGUGGGACUUGCUAAUGUUUUUAGGAGAAGCUGCCACUGAAAGAUUCUACUUUGUCCUCAGUCCCCAGGCCCAGGAGAGUGAAGAGGCUCAGCUUUUCCAGAGGAUUCUAAAGUUGAAGCUAUCACAGCUACUGUUUUGGGAGGGGGAGGAAGCUGGGGAGAAAGGGAAGAAUAUGGAGGGUCUUCAAGCAGCUCUGCAGGAAGUGAUGUCCUCUUCACUCAGAUGUGUGUCCAUGGAGGACAUGGGCUCCCUGGCCAGGGAGUUGGGAAUCCAGGUAGACCAAGACUUUGAGAACGUUCAGGGAAUUCACAGUUCCCCUAGUGAAAACCUGGCUGGAACAGCUAAAGAUGAGAGACAACAAAGAUACAGUCAGCCAGAAAGCUCAUCUGAAAGCCCAGCUGAGACGCCUGUAAGAGAGCCUGGGGCUAGCUGGAAUCUUCAGAAUUUCUACCACACCCCAGUAUUGGAAAACUCCUGUCCUUUACCAACCAGAAUUGGAGGUGACUUUAACCAUGUUUCUUUGAAAGCCCCCUGGGUUAUGGGCUCCUAUUUUUGGUCAGAGCAGAGGUCUAAGUGGUUCCGUCCCUGGCCCUUUCAGAAAACAAGGGACUAUGGUCGAGGUAAAAGUUUUAUGUUUCAGGACUUCCAACCCCAGAGAUUUUAUUCACCUGAAAGAUUUAUGAAAUUUUCAAGAACUGCUUGGGGACAUCACACGGAUAAAACAUUUGGGAGACCACCAAGACCUAAAUCUCAUCAUGUACAGGCCUGGCCUGAAAGACCACAGACAAUGGGAGCUCUUGAAAGAUCUGGGGAAGUGGUCUCCCACUUAGGUCACUUCCAUUCCCUGAGUUUGCAGUCAGCCGGAACAGCUGGGAAGCCACAGCCUAAGCAAGCCUAUACCCAGAGAACACAGCCAACUAGGGCAACUGGGAAGCUUAUGAAAACAAUAUCCCAUAUUGAAGGUCUUUACCCCCAGGCCUUUCAACCAGCAGGAGCCAUACAAAAACCUGUAAGACCUGCUUCUCAGCAAGGAGCCAAACUGAAGACACAGGAUGGGCCUUCAAAUUCAGCUUUCCAAAUGGGAUCCUAUCCCAGGCCCAAUAGCAAAUGUUUACCCAGCUCCCAAUUCACAUCCAACCAGCCCAAGCCAUCCCAGUUCAAGCAAUCCUCUCAACCCAGACCCACUCACACAAAACCCACUCAGCCCUGGCCCUCCCAAGCUAAACCCUUCCCACCCAAACCCACUCAACCCCAGCCCUCCCAAGCUAAACCCUCUCCACCCAGACCCACUCAGCCCAAACCCACUCAGCCCAAGCCAUGCCCACCCCAGGCCUCCCAAUCUAAGCCUUCACAGCCCAGACCCACUCAGCACAAGUCAUGUAGGACCAGUCCUUCACAGGCUAAGUCAUACAAUCCAGGAGCAGGGCCCAAGAGGGCAGGGAAACGUUAAAGUGCUUACUAUGAAACAAAUCCUUCACCCAGGCCGUUGCUAUCAUACGGCUACCUAAAGAAGAGUGGCAGUGAUGGUAAGAGAUUCCUAUCAUUAUCAUGACAGAAAAAAAAAAAAAAAAAAUAUGCACAGCCUAACUGGUAUCAUUAAAAUAUCUAUAAGAAUUGUGUCUACCAAAAGGAAAAAUAUGAAAAGAAUUAAGAAUAGAAUCAAGGAGUAAAUAAAUUAACUGAACCCAAUCUUAAGUAUUAGGUAAUAUAUAACCUGAAUCCGAGGACUGGGGCUGUUGAGACCACCCCAUAAAAUAAGGCUCAGGCAGCCUCAGUGUUGCAAGAAAAACUGCUUUAGAUGUUGGCUGCUCCAGAGGUGCCUUAGUCAAAGCUUUUUCGUUCAAUAUCAGCCACUAAGCAGAUAAUCUUGUUUGUUUGGGAUGUUUAAAUCCAUUUACUUGUGAUAA